AGCAUAAUAAAGCGCAUCCCCAACUGAGCCACCGCCUUCACUUCCGAGCGAUCUCUCUCUCCUGCUCUCCGGCGGAAGCAACCAACACCCACCGAUCCGAAUCCGAUCCCUUGGGCCCUCCGUCCGAAGCAGGAACGCCCACAGAUACGAUCGAUCCGAGCAAUAGCCAGGUUCAAUUCCACAGUUGACUUCAGAAUGCAGGUCUUUGUGAGGAGCCCCACAGGCAAGACAAUCUGUCUCAGGGUCCAACCAUCAGAUACCUUGCAUAGUGUCAAGACAAAAAUUCUGGAACAACACCGCCUUGUCUUUGAUGGAAGGCAGCUAGAUGAUAAUCUUACAUUGGCUGACUAUAACAUCCAGCAUAAAUCCACUCUUGACCUCCAAGAAAAGAUGCAGAUCUAUGUAAUGGAUACACUAGUAGGAAAGAGCAUCACUCUUGAGGUUGACAGCUUUGAUACUAUUGCCAAUGUGAAGGCCAAGAUUGAAUAUAGUGAGGGAUUUCCCAAGGGUCAGCAGUGUCUCAUCUUUGGCAACAAACAAUUGGAGGACAACGACACCUUGGUGCACCACAACAUUUGCAAUGAGUCCACCCUUCUCCUUGUCCUCCACCCACUUCCAAAAGGUACGAUGAAGAUUUUCGUGAUAAAGCUAACCGGAAUUACCCUCACUCUUGAGGUUGACAGCUUGGAUACUAUCGGCGAUGUCAAGAUGCGGAUCUAUGAGAAGGAUGGUACUCCUCCCAGCCAUCAACGCAUCAUCCAUGCCGGCAGGCAACUGGAGGACAGCCGCACCCUGGCUGACUAUAAUGUACAGAAAGAGUCUACCGUUCACUUGGUGCUCCGCCUUGCUGGUUCUUGAGAUGGAUGACAUGCAUGGUCACUCAACAACAAGUCUCUUGCUGCAGUCUUAUUUUUUUUCCAUGCUAGUAGACAAUAGUUGUGUGUCAGUAAAACUAUCACUGUACUGUGGUCUUGUUCAUUCAAGUUGCUGAGUGUUUAUCAGUAAAACUUUCGUUGUAGUACGUUAAUGUGUGAAAUCAUCAAGAGUAGUCCUCGUACUCUUGGUCUGUCUUGACAUCUUGAUUGAGCAAUAUAGAUGAUCUUGCUAUAUCAGUUUCUGAUA